CGAGCAAAGUCAUUUCAAACAACGAAUCCCCUUCCCCGGAUCAAGCAGCUAGGGUUUCCACCUCUCCCUCCCCCAAAUCUUCUCCAUGGCCGCCGCCGCCGCCGCCGACGCAUCGGCCGAGGCCGCGGCCAUCGCGCGGCGCCUGGCCUCCUGCAACGGCUCCGCACGGGAGCGCGCGGUGCGGCACCUCCUCUCCACCUUCCUCCCGGCCUCGGCUCCGCACCUCUCCGCCUCCGACCUCCUCAAGCUCUGGAAGGGCCUCUUCUUCUGCUUCUGGCACUCCGACAAGCCGCUCUACCAGUCCUCCCUCGCCACCCGCCUCGCCGCCGGCGUCUCCUCGGGCCCCUCGCCGGCCGCCGCCGCCGCCUUCUUCGCCGCCUACCUCGCCACCCUCCGCCGCGAGUGGGUCCACAUCGACACCCACCGCCUCGACAAGUUCUACCUCCUCAACCGCAGGUUCCUCCACCACGCCUUCCUCCUCCUCGCCGCCAACUCCUUCGCCGCCGACCUCACCUCCCAGGUCGUAUCGAUCCUGUCGGAGAAGGUACUCCUUCCCGAGGCCGACAACGUCGCCGCCGGCUCGCCCCGUGGGCUUGGGUACCAUGUCGCCGAGGUGUUUCUGGACGAGCUGUCGCCUGUGCUCCCUGUGAGCUUACAGACAAUGGAGGUGUUGCUAUCUCCUUUCUUCGCUGUGUUGGAGAAGUCAUCUGAUAGGGUGAUGGUGGCUAAGGUUAAGUCUAGUGUGUUUGAGAGGUUCCUCGAGAGCGGCAAACAAUUGCUCGAGAUGGCGAAGAAAGGCGAGGGGGUGGAGAAGGGGAGCGCAGACGAGAAGAUUGGGAAGGUUGGCUUGCUGUUUGGGUUCAGCAAGAGGUUCUCAGAUAUUGGGGCGAAGGCGGAGACCGUGCAAGCAAACCGAAAGGUGCUAUUUGGGCUGAGGGAUGCGUUUGUGAAGGUUGAGAAAGGAUUGGAGCUCUCUGGGGUCGAGAUUGCUGUGCCAGAGUUCAAGAGUACCGAGGUGACAGGGGUGGAGAAUGGCAUGGAUUUGGAUGAGGUGAAGGUGGAGAAGAAGAAGAAGAAAAAGGCGAAGAAAGCUUCAUUGGUGGAAGGUGAGACAGAGGGGGCCAAGGAUUCAAAGCAAGAGAAAAAGGUCAAGAAGGAGAAGAAAGAGAAGAAGAAAAAGAAGAAGGUAGAGGUUGUUGAUGAGGGAGAUGUCACGGAACAGAGUACAGACGCUCCUGCAGAGGAGGACCAACAGAUGGGUGAUGGUACUGAGGCUGUUACAUUUGAUGAGACAUUGAUGUCCAAUCUCCAGAAGCAGUUUGAGAAGGCUGCAGCAGAAGCUGGUAUGGUCAAUGGAGGCAGCAGCUCAAGUGCUUUGCCCGCUAGUGGGAAAGCUGCAAAGAAAAGGAAGAGAGCAAAAUCUGCAGAUAGGUUAUCGGUUUCUGAUGGAGACGAUGUUAGCAGCGAAGGUACAAUUAUUUCCCAGGAUGGGGAGAAGAGCGGUAAGAAAGUGAGGUUCUCGAUGAAGAAUAAUCUAGUUUGGAAGCCUCACAAUCCUUUGCCGCCGCAGUGCUUGAGGCUGCCACCAUCUGCUACUCCAAGAGGGAGUGCACUAAAAAAGGGUGUUCUGCCUGGGCCUAUAAAAGAAACGCCUACGCCUGUGAAGAAGACUAAGCCAAAAGCGAAAUCUGCAAAGAAGGUCUUGAAGAAGCCUUCCUCAGCCGCGAAGCGCUUGCGGAAGUUGCAAAAUUUCUCUGCAUGAACUCUUUUAUGAAUUGACACUGCAGUGAUCAUGCUUUCUGCAUGGUGUGUCUUUUCAACCGUGUUCUAUUAUUACUUAAUUCUUCACCUAGGUUAGUCUUAUACGCUGUUGACUAUGCAACAAAUUUAUAUUUAUGGAUUGUUUAAUGUUGUGUUAUGUCAUAGCGCAUUCAUGAUAAUCAUGUGGGUGAUCAUUCUUUGGAAUUAGCAGUAGCAAUUUUGAUCUGGAUAGUACAAGUCUGAAUUCCCAUGGA